UAAAACUGCAACGAACCUGUACAGGCACAGCAACUAGCCCGAACUUUGCAGAUUGUGAGCUGCUGGGUUCCAAUGGUCCAAUCACCAUACAACAUUGGCUCAAUAUAGCUGCUCUUGCAGUCCCUCCCUCGCUCCCAAUGUCUCCCUCCGCGCCGCCAAAACACUCCAUCCUCGACAGCUUGAACAAUGCCCAGGCACGCGCCGUGACCUCGGAUGCUGCCACUGUCGCUAUAUUAGCCGGCCCAGGUAGCGGAAAGACACAUACACUUACCUCCCGAGUGGUCUGGUUGGUCGAUCAUGUCGGCUACCAACCACAAGAUGUCGUUGUCGCGACAUUCACCGUCAAGGCUGCUCGGGAAAUGAAGGAGCGCAUCGGCAAGGCUCUGGGAAACGGCCGCGAAAACAAGAUCAUUCUGGGCACAUUCCACAGCAUUGCUCGACGCUAUCUUGCCGCGUACGGCCGCCACAUUGGACUGAGCGAAAAGUUCAGCAUUGCCGACGAUAACGACUCGAGAUCCAUCAUCACGAGAAUAUGCAAAAGGCUACAACUGGGUCUCGAUCCGCCCAUGGCAAAGGCCUGGAUAAGCAAGAAGAAAGCCAAGGGAAUGGAACCCAGUCCUUCCUCUUUGCCCCAACCGCCAAAGAAGCAGCCGGUACAACGAGGUCAGCGGGAUCUGGAAGUAUGCUAUACCGAGUACCAGACCCACUUGGAACGAUCAAACUUGCUAGACUAUGACGAUCUGCUGGUCCGAUGCGUGGAACUUCUUCGCAAGUUUCCUUCUUGUGUGUCUAAUAUACAGACGGUCCUGAUCGACGAAUACCAAGAUACCAACGGCGUACAAUACGAGCUUAUGCGUCUGCUUGCCCAAAAGCAUCAGAGGAUUACAAUUGUCGGCGACCCAGAUCAGAGUAUCUACGGAUGGCGCUCGGCCGAGAUCAAGAACUUAUGGAGACUUCUCCGCGAUUAUCCGAAAACCGACGAGAUUUCGCUCGAAGAGAACUACCGCUCGUCCCAAGCUAUCCUCGACUUAUCACUGCUGGUGAUUCAGCAGGACAAGAAAAGAUAUCAAAAGGUGUUGAAACCAGUCCAUGACAGAGGCUCCCGUCCUGUCUUGCGCAAACUCAAAAACGCUUCCACCGAAGCAGAGUGGAUCGUCGCCGAGAUACGCCGUGCGCUUCUCAUGUCGGGGUCAAUGUUGACCCACAACGAUGUGGCUGUUCUUCUGCGCUCAGCAUCGCUGUCAAGGCACGUCGAAAGUGCCCUUGGUAAAGCGGGUAUCCCCUACCGCAUGGUUGGCGGUUUCAAGUUUUACGAGCGUUCAGAGAUCAAGACUAUUCUUGAUUAUCUACGAGUCAUCCAUCAGCCAGACAACAAUGAUGCGUUUGGGAGGAUCAUGAACGUCCCCAAGCGAGGCAUAGGCGACGGCACUAUCAAAAACCUUAUCGAAGAAGCAGAAAAGUCAUCUCUCAGCCUUUACAGUCUUCUUGUCAAACAUUGCCGGGGGGACCGUACUGCCAAGACCAAGAUCACCAAGCAUGCUGAACAGAAAAUUAGUGGUGAACUGAUUCGCAUGUUGAAUGGGAUACGGAAGAAGAUGGAAGAGGCUGCAGAGAGCAACCCGUUCGGCUUGGUCGAUUUGAUUGAGCAUUUGCUGACAGCCUUGAACUUCCAAAAUUACCUUCAGGUGACAUAUCCUGACGACCACGAGCAAAGAUGGGCCAACGUUCAGGAGUUCAUUAGUCUUGCCAAUGACUUUGUGCGAGACUUGCAUGUGUCUGGCGAGGAUGCUCUGCCAGAAAUCGAGGGGCUUGAACAGUCAAAGGAGGAGGAAGUUCUCCCGCAAUUCUUGGCCAACGUCUCACUCGCCUCUGACGCUCAAAAAGGAGAAGAGGGUCAGGAGAACAAGCCACUGGUUACCAUAUCGACCAUUCACGCCGCCAAAGGUCUUGAAUGGCCUAUCGUCUUCAUACCAGCAGUCUACAAUGGCUCUAUCCCGCAUAUGCGGUCGGAAGACGGAGAUGAAGAGCGAAGAUUGCUAUACGUCGCCAUGACACGGGCUCAAUCCUUGCUAUACCUCAGCUAUCCGGUGUACCACAGUCCAGGGAGUAGCGAACGUACCGAAAUGUCUUCGUUUGUGUCUCCUGUCGCCAAUUCCUUCGCAAAGAAGGGUCCUACUUUCGAACGGCCACUCAUGACCCAUAUCGCCAAGGUGCUCCAACGCGAGCUACCUUCCGAAAAGGAAAUCUUCAAGGGGAUCCCCAACAUGUCCCAUACCGAGGAUAACAUGUAUCCCAUCGACCCAGACGAUGCUUUCCAAGAAAGUGGGCAGGGCUUUGACUCGUCAAGAUCAAAACGUCCCAAGCUCUACAACCCAGUGGCGAUAUCAACUGGAGACGGACACGAAGAACCUCAAUGGGCAAAGCCACACGCUACCACAAUGGACCAAGCAUCAACCUUCACCAUAGCUUCCCUCCCUGGCUUUGUCAACGCAGCCGUCCAUCAAGCAGCUAUCACCGCAGCGGCCAACGCUAGCGCCGCUGCCGCCUUGGAAGCCAGAGCCAACAAGGCCUCAGCUUCAUCAGGCAUAAAGCGAGGUACGAACAAGCGACCAGCCGACCAAAAGAGCAUCCUCGGAUUUGUUAAGACCAAUUUCGAGCCCGCCACCGGUGUCGGUUCAUCCAUCACUUCCGCCUCUACCACCACCAACCGUCCCUCUGUCCCAACCCCCCGUCUCCCGCAACCGGCCUUAUCUCGCAACCCAUCCCUGCCCUUAAACCACAGUCAUAGCCCUCCAGCCCACACCUUUACUGGCGCUGGCAGCCUCCAAAGAGCCCAAAGCCACCCCUCCAAACCCUCUGUUCCCGCCACUACCGCAGGUAUAGCCCCUGAACUGGCGUCCCAUAGGCUGGGAAGCAGUCGUGGUCUAAACCUCAACGUUACUCGACCUCCUUCUCUACAACCACCCAAAGAUGCCUCUUCUACAUCUUCAUUUCACUAUAAAAAGCAGUAUGUCUGUUUCUCGAGCUCGCCCACGAGACCUGAACCCGACGAUGGCAUAUCAGCUCCGCCGAAAUCAGCGGGAGGAGGAGACGAAGAAGAAGCGGAGGAAACCGAACAACCGCCUACUCCUACGAGACCGGCAGGGAGUUUGCAUGUGACUACUUGCCAUAAUGUCUUGCCUACGGGGUUGGGUGGGUAUCCUGGCAAACGGGCAGCGAGAGGAGGGGCGGUGGGAGUGGUGAGGAAGCCGGUGGGGUUGGCGAGGUUGGAUGGAACGGAGGGGAUGGGGGCGAUCAAACCGAUGGAGAGGUUGAUGAAGCCUUUUAAGCCUUUGACUAUGAAUCGGACGGCUGGAGGUUCAGGGGUUGGUGGUGGGAGUGGAAGGGGAAGUGGGAGUGGGAAUGGAAGUACGAUGGGGAGACCGGGGUUGCAGAGGCCUGGGAUAGGGAGGUGAGGUUGUGAGGUUUAAGGGUCAUAGUGUUGUAGUCAUUGUUAGGCGUUGUGCUUAUCGCGAUAUUGCAAGAUAUUUGAUGCCAAUGACUGGAAAAAUAGAUCUCAGAAGUUACCGGUUCGGGGCAAGA